UAAAGACUGAAAAUGUCAAAACAGCUUAAACUAUUUUGUUAAAUUAACUCUGUUCAUGUUGGCUAUAUGGGCUGUUGCCCAUUUAGCUUGUGAACAGCAUGUCAAUGCGAAAUCGUGAACGGUGGCAGAAAGUGCAGAUGAUUCUCAGCCGCUGGCACAAUAUCGCAUUCAGUAAAAAAUUCCUGCUCUUUACGAACCUGGGCAUCUCUAUUAGCUUAAGCAUGCUUGGCGAUACUAUGGAGCAGUCAUACGAGCGGUUUACGGGCCAAAUCGAAGGCUGGGAUCGUACACGUACAUUACGAAUGGGCAUCUCAGGCUUCACGGUGGGCAUUGUUUGUCAUUAUUGGUAUCAAUGGCUGGACUACUAUUAUCCCAAGAGGACCUUAAAAACGGUUGUCCACAAAAUAUUGCUCGAUCAAUUCAUUUGCUCGCCAUUCUAUAUCGGCGUAUUCUUUCUCACGAUGGGCUUGUUGGAAGAUAACACCUGGGAGGAAGUUAAAGAGGAGAUCAAGGACAAGGCUCUGAUUCUCUACAAGGCUGAGUGGACUGUAUGGCCAGUCGCACAGUUGAUUAACUUUUUCUUUAUUUCUCCGAAAUAUCGUGUUUUGUACGACAACACCGUAAGUCUGGGCUACGACGUCUACACCUCCAGGGUAAAGUACAAAAAGAAGGAACCACCAAAGAUGCUUUCCAAUAGCACAGCAUUGAAAAUAUAUAAGGCGCAUAGAAAUCAAACUAAGCCAAGGCAAUACCCAAAAAAAAAAAUGUAAUAUACAAGAAUUGUAAAAGAUUUUUUCAAAGUCUGCGUUUUUAUAUUAUUCAUGUGCAUACGUAUGGUACUAGCUUACCAGACGGGUAGUCUUUUUUGGCCAUGUUUCUCUCUUCGUAAUUUGAAAACUUUCUGGCACCACACUUAGCUCCUACUGCCACCGAGCGGAGUGAGUUUUUCCAAUCGAUAAAUCUUGUCUGAUUUCGGUUUUUCAAAAUCUGUAAGAUAUUUAUAA